CUUUUCUGCUGCCAGCGGCCGAGUAAACAUGGAGCUCUCCGCCGUGGGCGAGAGGGUCUUCGCGGCUGAGGCCUUGCUCAAGAGACGCAUCCGUAAAGGUCGUAUGGAAUAUCUGGUGAAAUGGAAAGGCUGGUCUCAGAAAUACAGCACCUGGGAACCCGAGGAAAACAUUCUUGAUGCCCGUCUGCUUGCUGCUUUUGAGGAAAGGGAAAGAGAAAUGGAACUUUAUGGUCCUAAGAAACGUGGCCCCAAGCCCAAAACUUUCCUUUUAAAGGCCCAGGCUAAAGCCAAAGCCAAGACCUAUGAAUUCCGUAGUGACUCUGCCAGGGGCAUCCGGGUACCUUACCCAGGACGAUCUCCCCAGGAGCUCGGCUCUACUUCCCGGGCUAGAGAAGGACUGAGACAGAUCCCGCUGCCCCCUCAAAGCAGCUCCACCACUGCUACCCCCAACGUGCCCCGAAUGGAGACGAUCCAGGAAAACAGGGUAGGGGCAGAGGAAGACCGAUCUGAAGGGUCCUUUAAAAAGCGAGGUCCAAAGCCCAGGAAAGACCUGCCUGAAAUGGCAGAUGUUGCUUCAAAGCGGAAAUCAAUGGAGCCUGGCGAGAAGAUGGUGGUGGACUACCUAAAAGCCAGAAAAUUGGAAGAGUCGGCUAACUCCGGGGCAGCAAAAUUCAGUUCGGGACACAGUGUGAUCCAGUUAGCCCGGAGACGGGAGCCUGAGUUACCCAGUGCUGUUUCCAACCCCAGGGCAGAAGCUGGCAUUAAGCUGGGUGCACCUGAGACUUACCCUCCUAGACUGACAAAGCACAGGGCGGAUUUCCUGGAUCCCAAAGGGCAAAGUGGUUUGGACUUGGGGACUCCUAAGAUCUUGCACAGCUCUGCAAACCAAGGCAGCUUAUAUCGAGAUGGCAUAGGGACGCAGGCUGGCAGGCCUUCCCUCAUCGCCCGCAUCCCUGUCUCCAGGAUCCUGGGUGACCCAGAAGAAGAAGCUUGGAGCCCAUCUCUCAACAAUCUGGAGAAAGUAGUAGUGACUGAUGUGACAUCCAAUUUCUUGACAGUAACCAUCAAGGAGAGCAGCACAGACCAAGGCUUCUUUAAAGAAAAGCGGUGAAUUCCUUCAGAGAAGAGGAGAAGUCAUUGAAAGGCUUUGGAUAGAGGUCGGCUGACUUGGGAUUUUUUUAAACUUUUAUUUUUAAACUUUUUUGGACAGGCUUGCAUUUCAAAUAUCUGUCCUUAAUUCUUUCUUUA